AUGUCGAAAUUGUGGGAGGUAGACCCUGAAACGAGGGCCAAGUUGCUCCAAAUCUCAAAGACAAAUGGAAACGACCGCUGUUGCGAUUGCGGCGCACCCUCCCCGCAAUGGGCAUCACCCAAAUUUGGCAUAUUCAUCUGCCUCAACUGCGCCGGCACCCACCGCGGCCUGGGCGUACACGUCUCCUUCGUCCGCUCCAUCACGAUGGACGCCUUCAAGAACGCCGAAAUCCAACGCAUGGAAAAAGGCGGAAACGAUACCUGGAAACAUUUCUACGAUGAACACACAAUCGUCAUUUCCGAAGGACGAACAUUCGAAGAUUCGACGAUUAAGGAGAGAUAUGAUAGUGAAGUCGGGGAGGAGUACAAGGAUAGGCUGACGGCUAAGAUUGAAGGAGUGGAAUAUGUGCCCGGUGAGAAGAAGAAGAGGGUUGUCUCGCCACCGGUGACGGUCACGGAGACUAUAUCGUCGAGGUCGAGUACGCCGCUACAAGGAGGUAGAGUAUCACCCGCUGGCACUACGGGCGCAGCAACACAGAAGGAGCGUAAUGAAGCAUAUUUCGCCAAGAUGGGUAACGAAAAUGCGUCGAGGCCAGAUGGUCUUGCGCCUUCGGCGGGUGGGAAGUAUGGUGGGUUUGGAGGCGGUGUACCGGUAUCAACGUCUCGACCGACGCAGGGCAGCGGUGUAGUGCCCGGUCUGAAUGACUUUCAGACUGAUCCGGUUGGUGCUUUGUCGAAGGGGUUUGGAUGGUUUACUUCUGCGGUUGGGAAGAGUGCAAAGACUAUGAAUGAUACGUAUAUUGCGCCUACUGCUAAACAGCUGGCCGAGUCGGACUUUGCAGCCCAAGCACGGGUACAUGCCGCACAACUAGGGCAAAACCUACAAGUCGGUGCCCGCGAUGCAGCAGACCGAUUCAACCGCUUCGUCGAGGGCGAAGGAGGGACAGGAGCCGGUGGCGCACAGCGAAGAGCGCAACCAGAGCGACAAGACUUUUGGGACGAUUUCUCGGCUGUCGGGGAGCAGGCUGCUCGUCAGAAACGGCAAUCUGGUGCCAUUGGUACGGCUGCUAUGCGGAAUACGCCAACUUCAACUACCGCCGCGGCUGGGGCUAGGGUUGGCGCAAUGGCGCCGGCUGCUACGGGUGUUGGUGCGAAUACUGCGACGUCUGGGACUGCGAAGGAAAAGGAGGAUUGGGGUGAGGAUUGGUAG